CCAUGACUAGCGCAUGCGCAGUCUCUCACAGACCUGACAACAAGCUAUCGGAUGUGAGCCUUCGAUGAUAUGGGCACUGCGCUGGCAUUUAAAUUCUCCGGAUAACCUAGAAUUAAACCCUUACAAAUAUUCCAUUGACGUUACUGUAAUCAUCUUCCAGUAGUGUCACUAUGCCGAGCAAUAAACUUGAGAAACCUGACAAGCAGGAGGUCAAUGACAAUGUCAAGGUGGUGGUGAGAUGUCGUCCCUUCAACCAGAAAGAGAAGAUGAUGAGCCACAAACAGGCUGUCAGUGUGGACGAGAUCCGCGGGACCAUAACAGUGAACAAACUGGAAACUCCCCAUGAGCCUCCUAAGACCUUUACAUUUGACACCGUGUUUGGACCAGACAGCAAGCAGCUGGAUGUCUACAAUCUCACUGCCCGGCCCAUCAUUGACUCCGUAUUAGAGGGAUACAAUGGAACCAUUUUUGCAUAUGGGCAAACUGGCACGGGAAAAACAUUCACCAUGGAGGGUGUGAGAGCAGUGCCAGAACUCAGAGGGAUAAUCCCAAACUCCUUUGCUCAUAUUUUUGGUCACAUUGCCAAGGCAGAGGGUGACACAAGGUUUUUGGUUCGUGUUUCCUACCUGGAGAUUUACAAUGAAGAAGUGCGAGACUUGUUGGGCAAGGACCAGAUGCAGAGGCUAGAGGUAAAAGAAAGGCCAGAUGUUGGCGUGUACAUCAAAGACCUGUCUGGUUACGUUGUGAACAAUGCCGAUGAUAUGGACAGGAUUAUGACGCUGGGCCACAAGAACCGGUCUGUCGGUGCCACUAACAUGAAUGAGCACAGCUCCCGUUCUCAUGCUAUCUUCACCAUCACCAUCGAGUGCAGUGAGAAAGGUGUGGAUGGAAACCAGCAUGUUCGCAUGGGAAAGCUGCAUCUGGUGGAUCUUGCAGGCUCGGAGAGACAGGGAAAAACUGGAGCCACAGGUCAGCGUUUAAAGGAAGCAACAAAGAUUAAUCUCUCUCUCUCCACACUGGGUAACGUCAUCUCUGCCCUGGUGGAUGGCAAGAGCACACACGUGCCCUACAGGAACUCUAAACUAACCCGUCUGCUGCAGGAUUCACUAGGAGGAAACUCCAAGACUAUGAUGUGUGCAAAUAUAGGCCCUGCAGACUAUAACUAUGAUGAGACCAUCAGUACCCUUCGCUACGCUAAUAGAGCUAAAAACAUCAAGAACAAAGCCAGGAUCAAUGAGGAUCCAAAAGAUGCCCUAUUGCGCCAAUUUCAGAAGGAGAUUGAGGAGCUAAAGAAGAAACUGGUGGAAGGUGAAGAGAUUUCUGGCUCAGAGGGCAGUGGAUCAGAAGAGAUGGAUGAAGGAGAUGAUGAAGGAGGCGAGGCAGGAGAAGGCCGCAGGAGAAGAAGAGACAGUGGCAGCAGCAGCAGUAUUAACUCAGAAUUUGCCUGCUCCUCCUCAGUGCCACCGCCCACUGAGGAUAGAUCUCGGAAUAAAGAAAGAGGGAGGAAGAAGGUUUCCCCGGACAAGAUGGUGGAGAUGCAGGCAAAGAUUGAAGAGGAAAGAAAAGCCUUGGAGGCCAAGCUGGACAUGGAGGAGGAGGAGAGAAACAAGGCAAGAGCAGAGCUGGAGAAGAGGGAGAAGGACCUUCUAAAAGCUCAGCAGGAGCAUCACCUUCUGCUGGAUAAAUUGUCUGCCUUAGAGAAGAAGGUGAUUGUGGGUGGGGUGGAUCUACUGGCAAAGGCUGAGGAGCAGGAGAAGCUUUUGCAGGAGUCCAACAAUGAACUGGAAGAACGUCGCAGGAGAGCGGAGCAGCUGCGGAAGGAACUAGAGGAAAAAGAGCAAGAACGUCUGGACAUUGAAGAGAAGUACACUAGUCUGCAGGAGGAGGCUCAAGGAAAGACAAAGAAGCUAAAGAAAGUAUGGACCAUGCUGAUGGCUGCCAAAUCAGAAAUGGCAGAUCUGCAGCAGGAGCAUCACAGAGAGAUUGAGGGCCUGUUGGAGAACAUCCGCCAGCUGAGUCGAGAGCUGCGGCUCCAGAUGCUCAUCAUAGACAACUUUAUUCCCCAGGAAUAUCAGGAGAUGAUAGAGAAUUACGUGCACUGGAAUGAAGACAUUGGUGAAUGGCAGCUGAAAUGUGUGGCAUACACUGGCAACAACAUGAGAAAACAAACCCCUGCUCCGGACAAAAAAGAAAAAGAUCCAUUUGAGGUGGAUCUGUCCCAUGUGUAUCUGGCCUACACAGAGGAGAGCAUGCGGCAGUCACUGAUGAAACUAGAGAGACCCAGAACCUCUAAAAGUGGCAAGAGUGGCAGACCCAAGACGGGACGCAGGAAAAGAUCUGCAAAGCCAGACGCAGUGAUCGAAUCCCUUCUGCAGUGAAGACAGCAUAGAAGAGAGUUUGUUUUCACUGCAACUUUCAUGUUACUUAAAAAAAAGAAAUCAUUAGCGUGAAAAAUGUGUUGUUGAACAUUAUUUAAAAGAUUAUCUGAAUACACUGUAUAGCUGUAUGGUUUUAAUGUGAAAGAGCUGCACCUAUGAUUGGAUUAAGACCUCUUGGCCAAGAGGAUCUGCUAUUUGUAUUAUAGUGUAAUAUUUCUUUUGUGGAUGUAAUGUUGAAUCAGCAGCUUCCGUUUUAAUUUAGCUCUUUUACUGAAACACCUGUGACAUUGAGGAGGAAUUUCACUUGCAACAUCACUGAUUUUGAAAAUGACAAACACUCUGAAAGAAGUUGCUGAAAAUAGAAUUGUGAACAUGAUCUAUAAACUGUAUUCAUAUCCUGUGUAGUUAAUUCCAAUACAAUAACUGUUUAGCGAUGAACACCUCACUAAUUAAGCUGUAACUUCUGUAUUACUGAUUUCCUACUAUGUGAGAAACCGACUCAUUAAAUGGCCCGUGUUGAUAUGAGUACAUCAUAAUUAAAGCAAAGGAUUCUACUCUGAGCACAAGCUGUAGCUUUAGCGCUUUUUCACAUUGAAUACAAAAUGAACACUACUGUGGAGGGAACAAGGAGAGGAUGGUAUGUAAUAUCAACUAUGUAACUGAAAAGUGCAUUUUAUACUUUUCCCUUUAGGUCAGAGGCAUAGGGGCAUGCAUGCCAGCUCAUAUGUUAGUGCCAUUUGCUUAUCUAAGCAAGUCAUCUUUUUUUAUUGUCAAAUGUCAGAACCUUUUGCGUUAUAUUGAAAUACACCACACAUACUGUAUGCCUUAGUCUAAUGCACUAGUUUGAGAUUUUGUGGCGAUGAUUUCAUUCGCUGAUGUUCUGUAGUGGAGGAAAACUGACUUUUAUUUUGUAUCAUAAUGUAUGUAAAAUGUUUACAUCCACCAAACCCCUGGAUAUUUAAUUUAUUAAAUUAUUUUACACGUUUUAUCUCCCA